AUGAAUCGGCUGAGUUGUCAAGUUCUGCUUACUUUAUCUGCGAGUCAACAUGUUCUAAAUUUAAUGAGAUUAUCUAUCAGAGAUCUUCGCGAUGUCGAUACUUAUUCAUACAGUGAUCCAUUUUGCGUUGUAAUAAAUAACUGCUUGAAUCCGGAUUGGGCCACAAAAAUUUUCAUUACCUAUUAUUUUGAGGAACAACAACGCCUUCUUUUUGAAGUAUUUGAUAAGGGACCUGGAAAAGAAAAAACACAUAUCGGUUCAGCGACUCUCCUUUUGCAUGAGAUAAUUACAGCAAAACAUAACAGAAAGACUGCCAAGCUUUAUGAUGAUGGAAAACAUUAUGGCAAUAUUAUUGUGAGUGCUGAAGAACAAAGUGAUGGCCGUCAGGAAUCCGUAUAUUUCGUUUGUAGUGCAACGAAACUUGAUCGCAAGGAUUUCCUUGGCAAAUGUGACCCUUUUUUAAAGAUAUCAAGGAUUAAUAGGGAUAAUACGGAAUUCGUUAUCGAAUGCUAUGACUGGGACAAAGAUGGGAAUCACGAUCUUGUCGGAUGCUGUUCGACAACAGUGAAUAGAUUGAUCAACAAGAUCGACGUUACUCUACCUUUAAUAAAUGAGAAAAAAACGCGAAAAAGUAAGAAGUAUGUUGAUUCUGGGCAACUUCACUUUCAUAAAGUUUAUUGUUGGAUGGAUUAUUCGUUUCUCGAUUUCAUUUAUGGAGGAACUGAAUUGAAUUUUACUGUCGCAAUUGAUUUCACAAAAUCAAAUUUGCCUUCCGAGAAUCUUUCUUCAUUGCAUUAUACAGAUAAAGCGAAAAUAAGUCAAUAUGAAAUUGCAAUUCAAGCAAUCGCCGAAAUAUGUCAAUAUUAUAACAAGAGUCACAUAUUUCAUGCAUAUGGUUUUGGAGCAAAGCUUCCCCACUAUGAGCAUGUUCAGUAUAAUUUCCCACUGAAUACUAUCACAAAUAACGCCCAAUGUUAUGGUAUUGAAGAGCUAAUGGAAGCUUAUAGAAUUGCAUUAAAAACUGUUGAAUUUUCCGGCCCAUCUGAUUUUGCACCAACAAUUAGGCAUGCUGCACGACAAGCAGCAUCAUACCCACCUGACGGCACACUAUACAGCAUACUUUUAAUCAUAACUGAUGGAGCUAUAAGUGACAUGACGAGAACGAAGGAAGAAAUCAUCAAGGCAUCAUCAUUACCUCUGUCAAUCAUUAUUGUUGGGAUUGGAUAUGAUACUUUUGAUGAGAUGAAAGUGCUAGAUUCUGAUAAUCAAAUAUUGAAUUCAAAUGGAAAAUAUGCGAAAAGAGAUAUUGUUCAGUUCGUACAACUGCGCCAUUUUUUACCACCGCACCGAUGUCUUACAGAAGAAGAUUUAAUGGAUGCGAAAGACCGUUUAGCGAAAGAAGUUUUACAUGAAGUAAUUAAUUACUUCUUAAACCAUUUUAGAAAUAUAUUAAUUUAUUAUAUUAAUAAAUACAUUAAUUUUUGA